CGAAUCUUCGACGCAAAAUGUUCAUGCGGCUCAUAUGCUGCUGCCUGGCCACCGGCCCCAUACAAGAAUGGAUCUCACGCCCGUGAGGAUUCGAGGAAAGAGAAAAAGACCUAAAACAGCCGCUAUCACCAGCUCUCAGGCCUCUGCGUUGUCAUCACACUCAACAAAGCGCCCCCGGACAUCUCAGACCUCCAAACUCAGCAAAGCGAAGAAGAAAACGGUGGCCAUCAUGCCGACACUCCAAGCGCUACCGCAGGAACUGCUGGAGAUGAUAUUUCUGGACAGCAUGAACCCUUCGCUUCCGCAGGCUUCACCCGAAAUUGGACAGAAACUCUCUUCUCGAGCUGUUACCAUGGAGUUUGUCAUGCGGGUCUUCUUUCACACUGUCGAUCAUAAAGCCAACAUCCGGGACCGCAAAAUCACUAGCGAUCCGAACAUACAAUCUCAAAUUCUCACGUGUCGGUUCUUCACGUGGGGCUUCUUCUUGGCUUAUGUGCAGAGAGCGCACGAUGCCAUGGUCAAGCUCAGAGGGAAAGCGUGGGAAAACACGGGUGUUGAGGUACCUGGGGCGAAGUAUUUCGACGGCCUAUUACCGUUCAAGUUCACAAAGGUCACGUACCUCAGCUUUGCGGAAGGAUUCCGCAUCCCAGAGAAACUGCUCCAUGGACCCUGGACUGAAGACAACGCGUCGCUACUAUACGUCCUGGUCUCACUCAACGGCGAAAUCGACUGGAAAGGCACCAUGGCCGGAGAAGCUGCUAAAGAUGGCUUGAAACAGGCGAUUCGUGAAAGGAACGAGCAUGCAGUCGCUGCCUUGUCAGUGCUACUGGGCGUGGCGCAGGCUAUCGACACGAGUCUACUCCGCUAUGCAGUUAUAGAUUACGGAUGUAACAUUAAUCUCGUACGGCACCUGCUUUUCAACGCCCAGAUCCUACACGAAGACGGGUCGAAAGGGAUGUUGAAUUUCCACGACCCGAAACUUUGGCAAUGGGCGGACGAACACGAAGGCAAGGGUGUACUGCUGAAGGACAUGCUCAAGAAGGCCGAUAAGUUCUCACUUGAAUUCUACUUGGAAGGUGAGAGUUGGGAGGGCAUCGUGCCGUUUCCUUAUGGCGGCCCAAAGUUUGACGCGAAGGCUUCCUUUGAUCACAUAGUGCGGGAAUUGCUGGUUAGGCUAUAUCGAAAUUAUGGGCGGAGAAUCACGAGAGGCGGAGAGCGAAGGUAGAUCAUCUGGGCCGUUGACGAAGAGGUUGAGCAUUGAGAGGCCGUGGGCCCCAAUCUACUAGCUAUAUAGAUACCUUUGCCGAGUCUUUAGAACGCGUCGCUCUCGGACCUACCUUCGUCACCAGUGACAAAGAUGUCUGGUAUCCAAGCUCGCGUGUACAUUUAAUUGAAGCCUGCAAUCGCGGCGGCUUUUGCAAG